CCCCUUUCAAAACAAAUAGUAACAAUCAUGCCAAAGGAAUGACCCUUCCAAAGGAAGUUUUAACAUCAGCGGCAUACUUUAUCUGAAGAACAACACGCGACUCCAAGUUUCAGGAUGAGGGAUAUCAUGUGACUUUUAUUUUUGCAGAGAGCCCAUCAAAGACUGUGUAAACCUUUUAAAACUCCAAUUCAAAAGAAACAGUACUAAGACCUGUGUAUUUGAGAAAUUCCUCAAUGCUCAAGAUUUCAUCCAGAAGCAUAAAUGAGCAAAUAGAAAGUAUGGAUUUGGGGUGGUGAUGAGAAAUAAUGAAAUUGCUUUCUGCUCUAGGAAACUUGAGAAACAAACCUUCCCGUGGAUGUGCCUAUUCCCUCGUGGUUCGAGAACAGAAUGGCGUUAAAUCACACUGCCCUGCCUCAGGACGAGCGCCUGCCACAUUACCUUCGAGAUGGGGAUCCCUUUGCUUCCAAACUUUCUUGGGAAGCGGAUUUAGUGGCUGGCUUUUACCUGACAAUAAUUGGGAUUCUGUCCACAUUUGGAAAUGGAUAUGUCCUUUAUAUGUCUUCUAGACGAAAGAAGAAGCUGAGACCCGCUGAAAUAAUGACUAUCAAUUUAGCAGUCUGUGAUCUGGGGAUUUCAGUUGUAGGCAAGCCGUUCACCAUCAUCUCUUGCUUUUGUCACCGCUGGGUGUUUGGCUGGAUCGGCUGUCGCUGGUAUGGAUGGGCUGGAUUUUUCUUUGGCUGUGGAAGCCUUAUCACCAUGACUGCUGUCAGCCUGGAUCGAUACUUGAAAAUCUGCUAUUUAUCUUAUGGGGUUUGGCUGAAAAGAAAGCACGCCUACAUCUGCCUGGCAGCCAUCUGGGCCUAUGCUUCCUUCUGGACCACCAUGCCCUUGGUAGGUCUGGGGGACUACGUACCUGAGCCCUUUGGAACCUCGUGCACCCUGGACUGGUGGCUGGCCCAGGCCUCGGUAGGGGGCCAGGUUUUCAUCCUGAACAUCCUCUUCUUCUGCCUCUUGCUCCCAACGGCUGUGAUUGUGUUCUCCUAUGUAAAGAUCAUUGCCAAGGUUAAGUCCUCUUCCAAAGAAGUAGCUCAUUUCGACAGUCGGAUCCAUAGCAGCCAUGUGCUGGAAAUGAAACUGACAAAGGUAGCGAUGUUGAUUUGUGCUGGAUUCCUGAUUGCCUGGAUUCCUUAUGCAGUGGUAUCUGUGUGGUCAGCUUUUGGAAGCCCAGACUCCAUUCCCAUACAGCUCUCUGUGGUGCCAACCCUACUUGCAAAAUCUGCAGCGAUGUACAAUCCCAUCAUUUACCAAGUUAUUGAUUACAAAUUUGCCUGUUGCCAAACUGGUGGUUUGAAAGCAACCAAGAAGAAGUCUCUGGAAGGCUUCAGGCUGCACACCGUAACCUCAGUCAGGAAGUCUUCUGCUGUGCUGGAAAUUCAUGAAGAGGACAAAGGGAGAUUAUGGCAUCAGCUAUCUUGCGGGGAGAAUUCUGAGAUGACAGCCUCCAGUGGAACACUAGGGACAAAGGCCCAUUCACCUCUUCAAGAAACCAGGGAAGGGGAAAGUGAAGCUGUUGGUGGGAAUAACAAAUGUUCUGGUUGUGAAGAGUGCAUCUGAAGUGCUUACACAGCGUCUGGCACAUGCAGAGAAAUUAACUUACAAAUGUUAUUUUUCUGACUUCUCGCCUCCACUCCACUUACCCUGUCAGGAAAAAAUAAUUCACAAAGAAUAUCAAAACAAUGAUGCACCCUAGGAUUAUCCAAGUAUCUUAGCUGAGUUAUCUCACUCUAGUAUAGUGGCAGAGUUACAACUAGAGAGUGCUAGAAACCCAUGCUUUAAACAUCCUGCAGUGCACACCUCAGUCUCGUCAGUAAGGACCUCACUUUCUUCUGAACUGAGGCUUGUGAAAGCUGGCCUGGAAAGCCUGAUUCAAGGAGAUCAGGCUGUGUCUCUGAUUGGAGCAGCCACACUCCACAUCUGUAAUUUGAUUUAUUCUAUUGCAGAUGAUGUACUGGGCAGAGGUGAGUGUGGAUUGGUGAAAAUCUGUUUUUAUGACUGGCAAAGCAGUGCAGGGGGGUCUUUCACUGAUAAGAAGCAUCAUCAGUAGGGUUUGUCCCUGAUGCCUUUACCACAGCAUCUGAACACCUCUCAAGUUUUUCAAGGUCAGCUCCAGUUUCAGUGAGGAGAGUGUGGGCUUUCUAUUCCCCAAAUAUUCUUACUACAGUUAAUGUGUAGGUUACUGCCCCAGCCUAACUGCAGGUUUCCAGAUGUGAGUUCCAUGUAGGCAGAAACUGUCCAGUUCUUGAAAUUGAAUUACUUCCUUGUGUAUGUGUUUUUUUUCCUGCUUAAAGCUCUUUGGGAUGCUUCCUCUCAAAAGUCUUUGAAGAAUAAGAGGUUAAGCUAAGACAACCUGAAUCAAUUUUUUUUUGUAAAAAUGCGAUCGAAAUUAUCCCCAUAAUUCAAUAAAAUAGCUUUUU